AUGUUGUCACGGUUGCAACUAAUACUUGCCGCUGGUUUACUCGGUUCUGCUGUACUUGUCUGCUGUCAACGAAGUCAAUCCUCAGUCAUUGCCGAUCUUGGCAAGUUGAUUGUUGACAAUUGCCCGCCCAUGUUAUGCACAGGACUCGAUUGUGCUGUUGUCACAGAACGAAAUGGUUGCCAGCUAUGUGCAUGCCCUAUUGGUUCUCCAGCUCGAGGUUGCGAUCCUAUGCCUUUCAUCCUCUGGCAUGACUUGAUCGUGAACGGAUGUCCGAACGUAACGCUGAACAGUCGUGACCCAGCACAAAAAGUUCACCGCUGGUUCAGGAGGGUAAACCGAUUCACAAACACUGACCAAUGUGAACCCUACAUCUUCCCCUACUGCCCUGAGUUAGACUUCAACCUCUGGAGGUCGCCAAGAACCAAACAGGAAUGCGAGCUCUAUUGCUACUCGGUGGACGAACAAAGGAAGCGUGGUAUUAUCUAAGCCUAUGAUAUUAUGUAUAUUUAGCAUUCAUUCAGUUUAUUGACUUUGAAAAGUAACUAUGUCUUUUAAUAAAAUGUUGAAAUUGAGUAUCGCUAGUGGAUGUUUUUCUCAUUGUUCAUUUCCAUUUUUCGCAAAUUCAUGAUCUGUGAUUUGGUGCGAUAGCCCUGUGCCGACAAGCAUGAUAGGAACGCAAGCUUGUUUUGCGAUAUGCAGAGUCUGGAACCUGUUUUGUAAAGGAAGCAUUCAGUCCCUACAAGAAAAUCUCGGUAAGAACAAUCCUGGUGAUGAUGCGGACUCAGGCAAUGGAGACGACGAUAAUCAAAAAGUAGAUUUUUCGUUCUUUUGGGGCUUUCGGUGCAGCGGCAUUCUGAUAUUGUUGUCAGAGUAGCUUAGAG